UUCUUCUCUUAAAAUAAAUUUUUUUUAUAAAUCUUCUCAUUUACUAGAACAUACUUAAUCCAUUCCAAACAAAUCAACAUUGAGUCGCUAUUUCAUUCCUUUGCCAGUUACCAGUUGAGAACCGUAAUUAUUUCUGGACACUAUUCAGAUUUCAGAGUAUAAGCUUCAUCAGAGAAACGACCGAGCCGCGCCGCAAAUAAAGUAUUGCGCACGUGCUCAACUCAAAUCUAUAACUAGGCUUCUCUCCAAUCGAAUCUCCUUACAGCUAGACAUACUUCCCUGUCUCCGACGUCCAAGGCGGCCCAGCCUCUGUUUCUUUUUAAAGGAACGAAUAAAAGUUUGGGUCUGAUCUCAUCUCAUCUUCUCCCCUUUUCACCAUUUAUAGUCAAUCCAAGUUCUAGGGUUUUUUUCUUGGCCAUAAGUGUUAGGGUAUUGAUUAUCCGAAUUGGAGUAUUAUUGAUUGAUCGAGUGAUUGAAUAAUAAAGAGGUGGAAAAUGUUGAGUGCAUCGAGGGGCUUGAGAGCUCGAGCGCUACUAAUGUUGCGCAAAGAUGUACUCAACCAUAAUUCACUCUUUUUUUCCCGUGCUUUGGCUCCAAUCGGAGCAGGCAGCAGCAGCAGCUCUAUUUUUGGGAAAAAUCCCACUUUCUACACCAACAACACUAGAAGGGCAUAUUCGUGGAAUCUCAUGAACAGAAAUGCUAAUAUCAACGCCUUUCUUUCCGAUUCUUCCUUCUCUUCCUCCUUCUCGGCACCCUGCCACCACCCGGGCUCAAUGCUAAAUGGGCGCUUAUUAUUCUCAUCCUCAGCCUCAAGUAAUGAUGAUGACAAAUCUCAAAACAAAGCAUCACCAUCAGCAUCAGCUUCAUCUCUUACUGAGAAACGACAAGCUGCGGACAUGAAAAUUCUACGCACUCUUGCAGGCUAUUUGUGGAUGAAGGAUAACUUGGAGUUCCGCUUAAGGGUGAUGACGGCCCUGGGAUUCCUUGUUGGGGCUAAGCUUUUGAACGUCCAAGUUCCCUUCCUCUUCAAGCUUGCUGUUGACUGGUUGACCACCCCCAACGCUACUGCUCUUGCCAACUCUACUCUUGUUGCCCUUUUUGCUACCCCUGCUGCUGUCUUGAUUGGUUAUGGCAUUGCCCGCUCCGGAGCUUCUGCUUUCAAUGAACUGCGUACUGCUGUCUUUUCCAAAGUAGCAUUACGAACAAUCCGCUCUGUUUCCAGGAAGGUCUUUUCACAUUUACAUGAUCUUGACCUUCGCUACCAUCUUAGUCGAGAAACAGGUGCUCUAAAUAGAAUAAUUGAUCGUGGUAGCCGUGCAAUCAAUUUUAUUCUUUCAUCUAUGGUGUUCAAUGUUGUACCCACCAUUUUAGAGAUAUCUAUGGUAUCGGGUAUACUAGCAUACAAAUUUGGAGCACCUUUUGCAUGGAUAACUUCGCUAUCAGUUGUGGCAUAUGUUGCAUUUACUUUAACUGUGACACAGUGGAGAACCAAAUUUAGGAAGGCUAUGAAUAAAGCUGAUAAUGAUGCAAGUACAAGGGCCAUUGAUUCACUUAUCAAUUAUGAGACGGUUAAAUAUUUCAACAAUGAAGCUUUCGAAGCAGAAAAGUAUGAUGAGUUCUUAAAGAGGUAUGAAGAUGCUGCCUUGAAAACUCAACGGAGUCUUGCUUUUCUGAAUUUUGGCCAAAAUGUGAUAUUUAGCACAGCUUUAUCUACAGCUAUGGUGUUGUGUUCGCAUGGAAUUAUGAAUGGCCAAAUGACAGUUGGUGAUCUGGUUAUGGUGAAUGGGCUACUGUUCCAGCUCUCUCUCCCACUCAAUUUCCUCGGAAGUGUUUAUCGUGAGACCAUACAGAGUCUUGUUGACAUGAAAUCCAUGUUUCAAUUACUUGAGGAGAAGGCUGAUAUUAGUGACAAGAAAGAUGCAAAGCCUUUGAAACUGAAUGGGGGAAGCAUUCUGUUUGAUAACGUGCACUUCAGUUACCUAGCAGAAAGAAAGAUUCUGGAUGGGAUAUCUUUUAUUUUACCAGCUGGGAAAAGUGUGGCUAUUGUAGGAACUAGUGGAAGUGGCAAGUCAACCAUUCUUCGAUUGCUUUUCAGGUUCUUCGACGUUCAUUCAGGAAGCAUCAGGAUAGACGGUCAAGACAUACGAGAUGUAACACUGGAUAGUCUUCGACAGUCUAUUGGUGUUGUGCCACAAGAUACUGUACUCUUCAAUGAUACGAUAUUUCACAAUAUACACUAUGGCCGUCUUUCUGCUACAAAAGAAGAGGUCUAUAAUGCUGCUAAACAGGCUGCAAUUCAUGACACUAUCAUGAACUUCCCUGAAAAAUAUUCAACUGUGGUUGGGGAACGAGGGCUUAAGUUAAGUGGCGGUGAGAAACAACGUGUAGCUCUUGCUCGUGCAUUCCUGAAAGCUCCAGCUAUUUUGUUGUGUGAUGAAGCUACUAGUGCACUUGACAGUACGACUGAAUCAGAGAUAUUGAAUGCAUUAAAGUCACUAGCAAAUAAUAGGACUUCAAUCUUCAUUGCUCACAGGCUUACAACAGCAAUGCAGUGUGAUAAGAUAAUUGUUCUGGAGAAUGGCAAGGUGAUCGAACAGGGACCACACGAUAUUCUCUUGGCAAAGGCAGGAAGAUAUGCACAGCUGUGGUCACAGCAAAAUAAUUCCGUGGAUGCUAUUGACACAGCCAUCAAAGUUGAGGCAUGAAACUUAAAUUAUAGUUCUGUGUAAUCAAAUUUUGUAGAAAUUCAGAUGUAGCCCCUUUGCAAUUCUUCCAUGCCCUUCCUGACAAGAUGGAGGUGAAUUUGUUAUGUAUGAUUCCUUCUCUUUCAAUGCUGGGGCAAAGCUGUUGAGUCUGAUUUAUUUUGUACAGUCGUGAUAGACCGAAUGGAAGCUUCUAAACUAGAUAUCAAUAGUCCAAUGCCAUGAUAUUCUGUUUUUGCUGCCGUUACCAGUGCUACCCAUUAUUGGAUAAUAUUGACUCAGUGCAGUGCCUUCUUGCAUACUUGCUGUUGUAAUUCGGCUGAGGCACUUGGCCUUUUCUCAUUUGUUUAGUUUGUCAAAAAAUUUUUGAUUGAAUAUAGCUACCUUACUGGUUUGACUUAGGAAGGAACGCAAUGUACAAGAAUAGUGUAUUAUAUUUUACAUGCUUUUGUAGUUAAGUUCUUUGUCAAAUGCUUAUGAAUUUGGUUUCAUCUUUGACAUGCAUGCUUAAACUUUCUUUACCAUUUGCUUUAUUUUUUUGGUCAAGUCUACCAUUCGUUACCCUUUUGAAGUGAAGACCCAAUAGCCAAUAUCGUUGCGGGAUCCAGACUUCCGUUUAAGGGUAAGGAUCCUUCAGGAAAUAAGCUUACAUAGCAACCCAUUUCUAAAACAGGUUCCUUAAAGAGGUCCCAAAAUGAAAGGUCGUGGUCAACCACUCUCCAGAAGACAGAAUUCCAGUCACCGAGCCAAGCUAGCAGAGUUUGCGCAAUUGGCAACUCAACUCCUGCCAAUGUCCAGACAGAAUUGGAACUGAAAUAGCAUGGGGCGUGCAACGUUACAAGUCAACAUGAUGUCAAAUCUCCUAUAUGGUAUCGCUCUAACCUACAGCUAAGUCGGCAAAGACAGCAUUUUAUCUGAAAAACUACAAUUAUUCUAACAAUAUCUCAUUUUAUGUCUAUU